GCUAGUCGCCACUCCACACCGAAUCGACUCCGACUGAAUCCAAACCAAACGAUCCAACCGCUGCCACCACCUACCACUGCGCCGACGAGCAAAUCGAUUGCUGUAGUCGGCGCUGAGUUGUGGGUAUCUGGAAUAGUCCUGUUGGAGAACAUCACGGAACGAUUAGCUCAGGAGCACGAGUGGAUUAUUAACAACUCGAACGCAGCAGUGGACCAGCGCGUGGUGAAAUGUACGCGCAGUAGUUCCUCUAGUGGAAGGCCCUAAAGGCACGCAGUCUAUGCACCUAUACUUCCUGGUCUGGACUGUCCUCUCAGUUUGCAUCUUGUUAACAGUUCAGAUCACCCGUUUACGAGGAGACGAAAAGGAAAUGUCUGGGUUUAAACGGAAAGUCAGUACUCAAACCUCGAGAACCACUGCAACACCACUGUUGGAAGGAAUGACUACCGGUGCAAUUGCUUCAUGCUAUAGACGUGCUUGUCAAAAACAGAUAUCCUCAAAAUGAUGUCCGCAGUGAUUCACAUGGAGGGCUCCCUCUUGAAUGUAGCAGAAUGGGCUUAUGCUGGUGUGAACCAUACUCUUGCCGGGAAUGGAGGCCCAGAGUGCGCCGGGUUCCUAUCCAUGCAGAGGCGCAUCAUUGAGACUGUUGGUGUCACCAUCUUUGCUAUAUUUUUAAUCUGCUGGGGUUAUAAAAAUUCUCAGGUACCCCCACUACCUAAAGUGGUUAGACAAGACCGUGGAGGCAAGCGUGCCUUACUGGUGCUCAUGUGCCUGGUCUUUGGCAUUGAGAUUGGGUUCAAGUUCUCCACCAAGACGGUCAUCUACAUCCUCAACCCUUGUCACAUCAUCACUAUUAUACAGAUAUUUUUGUUAGCAGCGCCACCUACCUCCAGGCUGGUGACAGCGUUGUUCCGCAUCCAUAUACAUUGCGUGAAUGGACCUAUUUUGGCCAUUCUCUUCCCUGUGCUCAACACCCGCCUGCUGGCUAUGGAGCAGGAAACCUAUUGGCUGCAGCACAGCCUCAUGCUUGUGAUUCCGUUCUACCUGCUCCGCACAGGUGUUGGAGCUGUGUUCACCACUGAGGCCCUGGGUGACUUAAGUUGGGCGGUCAUGUGCACUGGAGUGCAGUACCUGUACCACUUCACUUUCCUUCAAUCGCUUGGGCUCCUAACCGAAGUGAACCUCAACAGCAUGCUGUGCCCAGCCGUGUCGGAUCCUUUCUACGGGCCCAACUACCGUGUCUGGGCGAUCGGACACCAAUUCCUCAUGAUCAUGACCGUCGGGAAGCUGUACACGGCGGCCAGCAUAUGGAUCCUUCGAACCUUGGGCUCUGUGGUGUGGACGGGCGAGCGGUACGUUGCAAUGGCUGGAUUCAGUUGUGUCCAGCGGCUUUGUUCGAUGUGCGCGGUUAAGCUGGCCAAUGGACAGCGAGAUGCGACAGAUACACCUCCUCGCCCUUUGGAUAAGUCCAAGUGAAAACUCGUUGCACACAAAAAAAAGAUGCUCACAGUAUCUCCGGAAGGAGGUACACUUCCUUUCCACUUUUUUUUAUUUUUAUUUUUUGUACAGAUGACCGUUUCAAGGGAUCAGCUUUUGCCAAAAUCAGAACUUUAGAAGUAUGUAUACAUGGUUAUGUGACUUUAAGUUCGUUUAGUUCAUUUAUGUGUGCCAUUUGACCUGCAUGUUUUAUUUUGUGUGGUGUUUACGUUAAUUGACAAAUGUGCAUACAUGAAUGAUGGGCAGGCAGGCUGAACUGAAACUUUUGAGACAAGCGAACGUUUUUAGAGAGAGAAAAUUGUCCAUAGUCCCAAGAUUCAAUUGAAUUGAUGUACAUUUUAGUUGUGUGCGGUGCUUACUAUAUAGGACUGCCAGCCCCAUUAUCUUUCGUCGUCACUCACAAGAUUCUAACAACAACUUGUUUAAGAAACGAGCGCUUCUGAGAAACAAAGGCUUGCUUUUGCUGAAUGUGGGGUAAAGCAUAUGCACAGGCUAAUGUGCAAGCCGUAAUGUUGCAGCAUUUUGGCUAAAUGUGGCGGUUAAUUGAACCAGUUGUGCAUGGGGUAGUUGGUACUGCUAACGUCCACUGGUAGGAAACUUGCAGAAAACACCAUACGAAUCACUAUUUUUAAGAUACUAUCAAAAUUUUGAGUUCAGUCUGACCUUAGAGGCACAGUCUCUUAGGCCCUUCCAAAUUUCAAAAUUUCCUGCAGAUUUUGAAAAAUUUUGAAAAAAAUUUAAAACUUGUUCUUCUCAUUACGAAGUUGCAGAGCAGACUGUUGGCACACGCACUUGAAGAUACUGAAUGUUGAGGGCAUUGCCAAUAUUGUACUUGCAUGCCUUCCAAACAUUGCUGGAAAAUAAUACUAAGUGAAAGUGUGUCAACACAUGGUCUUGGGCCCCUAAAAUUGAUACGUUUAUUUUGACCGACGUUUUCUUGGCAAAGUCAACCCGGUGGGGUGCAUCCAGCAGGCAACGCUGUGAUGUAGCACAUUCCUGUGAGGGACACUCCCUUUAGCAGUAGCGUAAAAUUAAACAUUUUGUAAAACCAGGAGUUCCUUGUUGCAGCUGAGCCCCUUGAAGCUCAUCUGGGCAAGAUCACAAUUGGGAUUCAAAUAUCACCAGUAGUGCGACUGCCCUCGCUCAAUGCUGACAUCCUGAUUUUAUGUGUGUUCUGAUCAUCAGCAUACUUUUUUGUUGCUGUGUCCAAAAAGCGCAUGUAUGGUUUUUUAGAUUGUACAGCUCCCGUCAACCUUAAUAAUAACUCUGGAAAAAGAUGGUCUCGUUCCCGAGCACGGUUACAGCAACCCUUGGGGGUCGGGAGGAAAUAUUAAUUGCACAAAAUUAUUGCGUUAAUUUAAUGCAAGGAUUUUGUUCGCUGAACAUUCCCCCAGUGGCACCAGGGCAGCUGUUAUCGCUCGGAAAUGAGAAAGAAUUUUUUCCAGUGUUGUUAUCAAAGUUGUACUAUCACUGACUUGGUGCUACGAAAUUUGACGGGCAGUUCCUUACAUGACAUUUGUGUAUAUAUACCUUUGACAAUGACAAAAAGAUGUCUGUACUCGGCUAUUUCAGACUUCCUAUUGCAGUUGUGGUGGUACCAAGAUCACAGCUCACAGUAGUGUUUUUUGUGACCGGUGCAGAAGUGCUGUGGAACUUGUGUUCUACAAAGAAUACUUACAGCUGUUAGAACAAUUUCUCAAUUUUGAUUUAGUCUAUGCAAAGCAUUAGGUUAGUUACAUUUACACAUUACAUGGGGCAUGUGAUGACACCUGCAUGAAAUGAACUAGCUACAUGUGGGGGAUGAGCAACACUUGAUGAAAUGGGGGGAAAAUGCAGGUAACUUUUUGUGAUGGAUAUUCCCCCAUGCUAUGAGAGUACAGUAAGAGCCCCGAGGACAUUUGUGUCAUUCUCACAAUGUUGGCUUACGUACACUUACAAUGCGCUGCAAAAUCAUACUUCGUACUCCAUAGUGAAUUAGGAGCGUCGCUUUGGAUCGUGUAAGAUUGUAACUUAGACCACAAAUAAGAUGGCUGCACAAUUGGUGCUGCAGAAUUCAGGGAGUGAAUUUUUCUGCACAAGGUAGAACCUCAUGUGGAGAGUUACAUGGCAGCUGUAACGUGUCUUUUCACACAGUGAGGAAGAAAAACUGGGUUGUGUUUUAGCUCGGACCACAUCAGUGCAUUGAUAAACAUGCACGCCUCACUUGUGUCACUCGUAUCUAGGAUGUUUUUACAGAGAACGGGUCUUCCUGAGCCCUGUGUGUUAUGUGUGGGGACACAUAAUGUGGUGAAGUGAAUGAAGAGAUGAGUUUGAACGAUUUCCCGCCUUAAAAUUGUAAAGUCAAUUCACUCACCAGAACACCAACUCCUCUUGUGAUUUUUAUAUUUCUUUAUUUGUUUUUACUUUUAACUGAUACUGUACAAGUUGUGCUUCCUUUAGCCACGUGUGUCACCCUAGAAAAAUGGACAAGAGACUGCACCUUCAGAUGCGAGCAAUCGUGUUUUUGGUUUCAAACAUGAGCAUUGCAUUCCAGCUUGCGUGUCGAGCGCGUUGAAUGAAAUGUUGGUAGUUGGUACGUUCUACCGUAUGUACCAUUUUUGCUACCUUAUAUCAUGCCUGUCUAACGUUUCUCUUUAGGGUAGAGUGCUCUACGUGUUGAGAUUACCCGAGUGAUAUGUUCUUCUGCAGUUCAACAUUCAAAUACGAAGAGACUGGUGCUGUAUUAGUAUGGAAAGUCUUGUGUGAAGUGCCAAUGCUCAGUAGGAUUUUGUAAGGCCUCACAGUUCAAAUUCAGGUGGCACGGUUGGUUGGGAAUCUGUCUGCGUUCUUGGUGUCAGAGCUGCCACUCUUACUUUGUUUCUUAUCCCCUGAUGACGUUAUUGCUUUGGCACACUUUAAAGGGUCUAUGGAAAAGAUUAUUUGAUUAAUCGUGUAUUUCCUACACUGCAAAGGAUUAUGCAUUGUACAGAAACUUAUUCUAGUCCCUGCAGUGUCAUGGAAACAUUUCAGUUUCACCAGUUUCACUUUACACUAUAUGACAGAAACAGUAAAAUAUGAGUCUGGCAAAGUUAUUUUCAGCUUUCUAAGCUUUCUAAUGCUUUUAUAAUGCCCUUUCUUUUGGUGAUAGCAGCAGUACUUUCACGAAUUAAUUUUAUUCGAACGUGGUGCGUGGACCCUUCUGUUGUUGUCAUGACCAGCAUUAUUAUUUGCCUUAUCUUGACAUAAGCGCUUAGACUGCACGGGAAGCCAUAUAGUAGCCAGUUAUGCAACAAAAUUUUCUCCAAUGCAUUGGAUGAUUAAAGGAAUAGUUAGCUCGCUAACGAAACUGGAAAAAACGUGCUGGAUGUGUGUGCAAUAGACAAUGAACAACUCCCUGUCAAUCCUUUUCGUUCGAAAUCGACGUAUUUUCCGAGCUUUCAGUAUUUUCCUGUGGGCAGCGUGGCCCAGUGCCAAAGGAGGAGCAUAUUACGAGAGGGGGCGGUCCGCUCCGGUGACGUUUCGUGACGCUGCUUCAGGGCUGGCGAUAGGAAGCCGCGUCUCGAUGCCGGAGAAACGGACCGCCCUCUUGACGUCACGUUGUUCUCGGACAGACUUCGCGCACGCGCGUCCUUCUCCGCGGGAAGGCCUACUUGCCGUGUAUCUCGCCUACAAUAAGUCAUAGCGCUCGAGUUGCGGGAAACGGACAUGUUUGGAGAGCGGACUAUCCUUUUAAAUGCGGAUUGAAUAACUUGCUCUUUUCUUGAGCUUUCGAUCAACCCUGGAUUGAUGUAUUUUAUGUUACCACAAACUUUUACGCUUGAAUCGUAUGCUGAUUUCUUUUCUUUCCUUUCCUUUUUGUCUUUUUUUUAUGAGUGGAAGUGAUUGAGUGCUGUAACGUAUGCAAACAUGACAUUUUGACAGGGAUUUAUGCAGUGUGCCUCCUAAAAAAACCUAGUGGUAGCCUCUAAAACUUUUUCCAACUUUGCAUGGGGGCGACACUGUAGGACACUCAAUUUUGAUAUCUUUCAUAGAUCGCCCAACUGCGAAGAGCCACAUCACCGUCUGUGUAGAUACUAAACCGCGACAUUCCACUUACAACAAUUGACCUUUCCCAGCUGCAUUUAGGCAUUCCAAUUAGAUAGGUGUGCGUAGGAUAAUCAUAGGUAUUUUGUGAGAUUCGAUUUUUGUGAGGACUUCAUGUAAUACUUUCCAGGCCCUGAAAACCUUCCAUCAUCUGGCUCGAAAACCUGAGAUGAUUAUGUUCCAGAGUAUGAUAAGACUGUGUGCAAACGUCGAUUCCAUUACCUCCUCAUUUUGAUAUGUUCGAUAUUGUGCGCGGCAAAUAUACAUGCUGCGGUUUGACUGUGGCCUGUGUGUGCGCUCAGGAUUUGUACAGUCCGUAAUUCGUGUUCUUUUAAUUUUGUGUGUGCUCGCUAGUCAAACUGUGACGAUUACGAACUCUGCUUAGUGAGCAAGCGUGAGGACAGUUGGAGCUGUGUGCCUAAUUAGCCUAUGUUUUCCUUUAGUGUACCUGAUACUUUGAUCAUUGUAAAUCAAAUGGAUUUCUUACAAUACUCUUCCAGUAAAAUAAAAGCAACAGACAGAUA